AUGCGGAGCUACCCACUCUGUUUCGUCUUUUUGUCCAGUUGGACAGCUGUGGCUCUUACGCUUCCUUACAACACCCAUAUGAAAGGAUCCAGGAUGGAUUUUGAGUCAUCUGGCAGCGGUCCAGAGGAACCUGUCCAGGGAAUAGUCAAGGUUGUGCAGCUAGACCCUCGUACCUUGACCCAGUCAGGACUCUUCAGAAGAGGACUGAGUCCCAGAAGAGCCCCUUCCCACAGUACCAGACUGCCCUUCCCUGCCUUCCUGUCUCGCGGUCGUCUAGGUCAGACUGGGACCCACAAGGCCCCCGUAAAUCCACUACACAACCUGAGCCCUAAAAACCCCACUGAGAUGGAGCUAAAGAAGAAGCAGGGCCUGCAAAUGUGGCAGAACGUCAUAGGAAAAGGAGGCAAAAUGUCUUUGCCAGUGAACCUGAAGGACAUGAAACAGACAUGCACUGCAGUACCUUUCACUCAGCAUGUGACAGCAGAUGGAUGCGAAACAGUGACAGUACACAACAAGCUGUGUUUCGGCCAGUGCAGCUCCCUCUUUGUCCCAUCUGAAGGAGAGUUUGCAGGACUGAGUCCUGAGACAGGAGCCUUCCAGCGGCGGGCCCCGUGCUCUCGCUGUGCACCAUCCAAAACUCAGACUGUUACCGUGCCUCUGCGCUGUGGAGCCGAGGUCAAGGAGAAGCGACUGAUGGUGGUGGAAGAGUGCAAGUGUGAGACGGGUCGCGAGGAAAGGAGCGCCGUGGCUGCAGGUUACACACAUAUGUAA